CAUAUGUGUUAUUUCAUAGUUUUGAUGUCUUCACUAUUAUUCUACAAUGUAGAAAUAAGGAAAAAAAUUAAGAAAAACCCUGGAAUGAGUAGGUGUUUGGACAAACUUUGGACUGGUUCUGUAUAUAAUACCCAUUCAUUUGUGAUUGAGGCAUUUUCUGUAGCUGGGUCUAUACAGGUCCAUACAGGUGUAUACAGGUCCAUACAGGUGUAUACAGGUCUAUACAGGUGUAUACAGGUCUAUACAGAUGUAUACAGGUCCAUACAGGUGUAUACAGGUCCAUACAGGUGUAUACAGGUCUAUACAGGUGUAUACAGGUCUAUACAGGUGUAUACAGGUCCAUACAGGUGUAUACAGGUCCAUACAGGUGUAUACAGGUCCAUACAGGUGUAUACAGGUCCAUACAGGUGUAUACAGGUCCAUACAGGUGUAUACAGGUCCAUACAGGUGUAUACAGGUCUAUACAGGUGUAUACAGGUCUAUACAGGUGUAUACAGGUCCAUACAGGUGUAUACAGGUCCAUACAGGUGUAUACAGGUCUAUACAGGUGUAUACAGGUCUAUACAGGUGUAUACAGGUCCAUACAGGUGUAUACAGGUCUAUACAGGUGUAUACAGGUCCAUACAGGUGUAUACGGGUCCAUACAGGUGUAUACAGGUCCAUACAGGUGUAUACAGGUCCAUACAGGUGUAUACAGGUCCAUACAGGUGUAUACAGGUCUAUACAGGUGUAUACAGGUCCAUACAGGUGUAUACAGGUCCAUACAGGUGUAUACAGGUCUAUACAGGUGUAUACAGGUCCAUACAGGUGUAUACAGGUCCAUACAGGUGUAUACAGGUCUAUACAGGUGUAUACAGGUCCAUACAGGUGUAUACAGGUCUAUACAGGUGUAUACAGGUCCAUACAGGUGUAUACAGGUCUAUACAGGUGUAUACAGGUCCAUACAGGUGUAUACAGGUCCAUACAGGUGUAUACAGGUCCAUACAGGUGUAUACAGGUCCAUACAGGUGUAUACAGGUCCAUACAGGUGUAUACAGGUCUAUACAGGUGUAUACAGGUCCAUACAGGUGUAUACAGGUCUAUACAGGUGUAUACAGGUCUAUACAGGUGUAUACAGGUCCAUACAGGUGUAUACAGGUCCAUACAGGUGUAUACAGGUCCAUACAGGUGUAUACAGGUCCAUACAGGUGUAUACAGGUCCAUACAGGUGUAUACAGGUCCAUACAGGUGUAUACAGGUCUAUACAGGUGUAUACAGGUCUAUACAGGUGUAUACAGGUCCAUACAGGUGUAUACAGGUCCAUACAGGUGUAUACAGGUCUAUACAGGUGUAUACAGGUCUAUACAGGUGUAUACAGGUCCAUACAGGUGUAUACAGGUCUAUACAGGUGUAUACAGGUCCAUACAGGUGUAUACGGGUCCAUACAGGUGUAUACAGGUCCAUACAGGUGUAUACAGGUCCAUACAGGUGUAUACAGGUCCAUACAGGUGUAUACAGGUCUAUACAGGUGUAUACAGGUCCAUACAGGUGUAUACAGGUCCAUACAGGUGUAUACAGGUCUAUACAGGUGUAUACAGGUCCAUACAGGUGUAUACAGGUCCAUACAGGUGUAUACAGGUCUAUACAGGUGUAUACAGGUCCAUACAGGUGUAUACAGGUCUAUACAGGUGUAUACAGGUCCAUACAGGUGUAUACAGGUCUAUACAGGUGUAUACAUGAGAGCCCUUAUCAGAAAGCCAUGGGGAAACAGUGAUGUUUCACUUUUCAGAAUAACAACACGAGAAAGACUCUUUAAAACCACAAAAUAACUCAAUAUUCAGAUCAAACUAUUCCAUUUUUUUGUAAUGUAGCAACAGCAAAUACUUUCGAUUAGAAAAAAGACGUAGAUACUAUUUGUUUAAACAAACAAAAAUGUUGUGUAGAUUUGAAUAGCACCUAUUUGAAAGAAAAAUGUUUUGUAUAACUGGAGAGAAAAUUUGAAUAAAUUAUGAUGUUCUGAAAUCUUCUUCCUUUGCAAAUAAAACUGUUCUACAAAAUAAGUUUUAUUUUAGAUAGGUAUUGUUAUGAGGUUUUAAUAGCUGUCAGAAAUUCAGGUAGAAUAGAGUUCAGAUUUGAUUAAAAUGAUGUUAACUGUUGGACCAUGUUUAAUUAUGCAUGAAUAAAGUUAUAAUAUAUAAUAGAAUAGAAUAUAGUUGAGACAUUACAAUAAAAAAUGUAGAUCUUU